CCAUAGAUCUUCCAAUUGGGGAAAUUUGAGAAUUGAGGGAAAAAUUUUGAACGACAAAAACCCUAAACCCCGAGACUCUCUCUCUCCAAGUAAAGCAGCGAAGAUGGUAAUGCUGACUUAUUAGCCAGCGUUCUGAGAUUCAUCUACUAAUAAACUGGUAUGCAACAUAUUCCUUCUCCCUAGGAUUCUUAUUCCCGUUUCAGUUUUCUUCUUCUUUCUCGCCAACCAAACGGAGCCAGAAAUAUAUACCCAAACCUAUCCGAACCACUUGCCGCUGAAAGGGUACCGGGGGGGGGGGGGGGGGGGGGGGGGGGGGGGGGGGGGGGGGGGGGGGGGGAAUGCCAUAGAAUUAAGCGUUGAGUCUUGCAGUUUUGGGGUUUAGGACUCGAAAAUUGGUAUAUUAGGGUGGAAAGAAUCCACUCACUGAAGUUGGGGAACUGAAUGAAGCCAAAUGCAUUUACUUUUGGUUUGGAUCUUGAAUGGGUUAAGGCCAAAUGCAUUCACUUUUGGUGGUUGGUUAGAAAUGAAGUGAAGUCGAUUUAAGCAUAAAUUUUUUCUUUUUUAUCAAUCACCGAAGCAAAAGAUUAGCAUUAAAUAACUACCGAAUGAAAAUCUUUUGCCCUCAAAAAGAAAUAUUGUAGUCAACGUAUCAGAAUAGUAUUCAUUCCCCAUAUUGACCUGCCAGAAAUCUGAAGAAUUUGGAAGGGCCCCUACCCUAUCAUGAACUCCUUGUUUCGUGCAUGUACUGCGACUAUUCUAUCAAGAACAGGUGAUUUUGUUGCAAGGAAUUCAUUUUGGGGAUUCUCUGUUCCCUCCUGGAAAGUAAGAUCCGAGCAUCCCAGUAUUAGAACUGUUAAUUUGGGACUUCGGUUGACAAUAUUUCGUGUUCAAUGCUACUCACCUCAUAUGGGAGGUCGAGGUAAGUCUCGUUCACGUAAAUUGGAUUCUAAACCGUUUAUGGAUGAAGAGAAGAAUGCUUUCUUUGUUGUGCGGAAGGGGGACAUUGUUGGCAUUUACAAGAACCUUAGCGACUGUCAAAUUCAAGUUGGAUCUUCGAUAAGCGAUCCUCCUGUCAGUGUGUACAAAGGAUACUCUAUGCCUCAGGACACUGAGGAAUAUCUUCUAUCUCGUGGGCUUAAGAAUGCUCUCUAUUCCAUUAGAGCUGCCGAUUUGAAAGAGGAUCUUUUUGGCCCGCUUGUGCCUUGCCCAUUUCAGCAACCACCUUCUUCCAUAGUUGAAACUCCAAGCAAGGAUCUGCCAGCAAAGAGGUCACAUGAAGUGCUGGGAGCAGAAACUAUGGAAGUAAUUGCAUCAACAUCUAUUGCAAUUGAUCCCUCAAGAAAGCAUAUCAAGCGUUCUUGUAUUCUUGAGUUUGAUGGUGCUUCAAAAGGAAAUCCUGGGCAAGCUGGUGCUGGAGCUGUGCUGCGAGCUGAUGAUGGAACCGUGAUUUGUAGAUUACGUCAAGGUUUAGGCAUAGCAACCUGCAAUGCUGCUGAAUAUCGAGCCAUACUUCUAGGGAUGAAAGAAGCACUCAAGAAAGGUUAUACAAAUAUUCGCGCUGUGGGGGACUCAAAACUUGUGUGUUUGCAGGUUCAGGGUAUAUGGAAGGUAAAAAACCAGAACAUGUCUGAGUUGCAUGGGGAGGUGAAGAAACUGAAGGAUAAGUUUCUUUCUUUUGAGAUAAGUCAUGUACUGCGGAAUUUGAACUCCGAGGCUGAUGCUCAAGCGAACUUAGCUACUCAUCUUGCUGACGGCCAAAUAGAGGAGGAGAUUGGAUAGUAGUUCCAAAUAAAAGCAGGCCAGUGGAUGUGUACAUAAUUCUUUUGCCUUGUUCUCUGAGCAACAUUUGUUCCCAGGAAGGCGAAACAAUUAUUCAGGUUUGACCUCUGGGAAAAGCACGAUGAAGCUCCCAACAGGGAGAGGCAGAUAAUGUCAAUCAUUCCAUCUCUGAAGCCGAAGCAUUUGUCUUACUGAAAAGCAUCUGUCAAACAGGAGAUUGCUCCAUUAAGGUCUCUUACAUAAAAGUACAUUUAUCUUGGGAUAUAUAUAUCUUACAUUCAAUUUUUUAUUGGAGCCCUGUUUGAAUUUGUUUCCACUUGGCCAAGCUUCUCUUUCUACUUCUCCUGUGCCCCCUUCUUGUUUAAACUUAAAAGGAAUACUACUUGCAUAUUAAUUCAAGCUUGGGACUUCUGGAAA